AACUAUAGCAUUGUGAAUCUCUCUCUCUCGUUAUGCGCCAUCUUUCAUUUUCUCUUUUGCCUCCCAAGAACUCUUCAGCCUAUAUUUUGGCUCAUUUGAUUUUUGUUAAUUUUCUUAGUUUCUGACUAAAAUUCUGAUUAUAGUUGGGCGGGUAUGAUCGUACUAGAGUGUACUGUAGUGGAUUGAGGUUGGGGAAAGGAAGAUUCACCUGACCAUUAUGUUUGGGACGGCGAUUAGGUAUAUGGCAAAGAAGCCCAAACCCAAGAUGAAACCAAUAGAGCUCAAAACGCCGCCAGAGCAAACGCAGACCAUAACCAGGGUCAUCUUUGACAUCGUCAAGGAGCAUGGUCCUCUCACCAUCGCAGAUACCUGGGAUCAUGUUAAGGAUGUUGGUUUGAGAGGUUUGACGAGCAAAAGGCACAUGAAAAUAGUGUUAAGAUGGAUGAGAGAAAGGCAGAAGCUGAGGCAAAUAUGCAACCAUGUAGGACCUAACAAGCAAUUUCUAUAUACAACUUGGUUCGCAAAGCCCAACAUCAAGCAGGCAAAAACAGUUAAUGAUUCCUCACAACAAAAGUUCCCUUAAAUUUCAAGCUUGCUCAUGAAAUCCUAUUUGCUACAACAAUUGAUGUAGAAUCACAGGCUAAAUGCCACAGCAAAGAAG